AUGCUGAGCUCUGUAACAUCGAACGAGAAGUGAUGCAAUUGUGGAGAGGCAAAGGCGGCUUGUGCUUCCAAAAAGAAACUUAUGGGCAUGUGAAAGUUUGGCCCAAAUUUUGCCAAUAUCUCAAAGUACCAUGAAUGAUACAAAGAAAUCUGCGCCUUAGAAGCAGACAAGUAUAUUCCUAAGGAAAGCUUACUAGAAGAAGAUAAUAAGGAUAUCUCUGAUGAAGAGGAAAAGUUCGUGGCUAAUAUUAACGAGAUGUUCUAUGAUGAAGAUUAUGGAGAAUACUCUGAAAGUGAACCCGAUAGUAACUCUGAAAGUAGCUCUGACAGUAAUUCUGAAAGUAACUCUGACAUUAACUCUGAUAACAAAUCUGAUAGUGACUCCAACAGUGAUUCUGAUCAUACUCCUCAGAAUAUCCCUGACGGUGCUCCUAACAGUCCUCCCAAUACCUCUCCUCAUGCCGCUCCUAAUCCCAUCCCUCAACCUCCUAAGCCUAAAAAGAAGCAUAAAUACCAACUAUCCAUAAAGAAGAAGGCUUUUGUAAAGAAAUCCGUCAUGGUGGUUCCUGAUAAAAUUUUCACUCAAAAGUUCACCGAGACAUACUACUUUAAGAAGUUUAGGAAGACUCCGAGGUAUCCGCCAUUAGAAGAAGCUCUUAAUGAUCUGAAGAACAUUUUUAAAUACAAUAGGAGCGUUGUCAAACAGAUCCAGAGAAGUUAUAAUAAGUAUAACACAAUUUAGAAUCCCGACAUUAUCAAUAACCCAUCCAUUUCGUGACCAGCUUUA